UCUGCCGGGAUCACAAAUCUCGGGAUAUCACCCCGAUCCCUCAUUAUGGGGCUCCUCUGGAUUGCGGCACUUCUUGCCGCAGCAAACUCCUUACUACUAUAUGCUGAAGGCAGUCCAUGGCCUAUGAACAGGCAACACAGACUUCAGACUCGCAUCCGGUUUCCACCAAGCAAGCGGAUCCACAGGUAUUAUGAAGAUUAUUUCCAGGAUUUUACACCGCGGCUAAGUACAACUCGGUAUUGGAUGGAUCCGGGUCCUAAAAUUGGAAACCCUCCUACUCAAGUGGAAACAAGCCCUGAUAUUGGAAGUCUCUGGGAGUCUGAAAUAGAAGACAUCAAAAAAUAUUCCACGGCAGCGUACAAUGUGGCUCCCAAAGGAAAAACGUCUCAAUCCAGCACUAAGAAGCGAGCAGCUUCCACAUAUGCAACCGAUGGCCAGCUCUCUUCUCAAUGUGCUUCAACUGAAGUGGAAUAUGGGCCCUGGUGGAAUCUAGAUCUAGGAUCAAACCACGUUAUCUUCUCUGUGGCCAUUACGAACAGGAGAGACUGUUGUGCCGAGGACCUGAGCGGAGCUGAAAUCCGGAUAGGAAACAUCGAGGACUGGAGGGAGAACCCAAGCUGUGGCUCUGUGUCCUCGAUCGGUCUCGGAGAAACCUACUCCUUUACCUGCCACGGACUGGAGGGACGGUUUGUCACCAUUGCAAUACGGGGGAAGAACGUAUCUCUGACCUUGUGUGAAGUACAGGUGUUUGGCCGGCCCAAAAAAAACUCAGUUGAUGAAAGUUGGACUAUAAGUCAGACGUGGCAGGGUCGGCACCAUGGAGCUCCCAAUGUGGCUCCAAAAGGAACAGCCACCCAAUCCAGCACUCAUGCGUCCCAAGCCAAAGAGGCCAUUGAUGGCUCAUUGUCAAACAAUCACCCGCACUGCAGUCACACAUUGUACGACCUUGAGCCUUGGUGGAAUUUGGAUCUGAACUCCAGAAUGAGGAUCCUCUCCGUCGCCAUCACCAACCGAGAAGAAUGUUGCGGCUUCAGACUUAACGGGGCCGAAAUUCGCAUUGGAUUCUCCAAAGAUGAUGUAAGAAAAAACACAAGGUGUGCCAUCCUUACCAGUGUGAACCAAGGAGAAACUCUCGCCGUCAACUGCCAUGGCAUUGAGGGGCGCUACGUAACUGUUUUCAUCCCGUAUCGUAGAGAGUACCUCACCCUCUGUGAGGUCCAGGUCUUUGCUCUUCCAUCUGAUGAGCCAGAAAGCGUUCCAGGUACGGAAGUUCCCACCCAACUUCCGAAGUCCGAGCAACCUAAAGAGGAACAGGAUCCUCUCGAACCUGAAAAGGAGCCAAAAAAUCUGAAAGCAGUCCCGGUGCCAAAAAUUGCUUUGAAGAAAGCCUCUCAGUCCAGCACUUACGGAGUCAGCUCGUCCAGAAAUGCCAUUGAUAAUAACUUGGGCAACAAAGCACCCGAGACAGGCUGCGCGGUGACCGAGGUCCAGUAUGAACCAUGGUGGACCGUCUCACUGGAAUCCAACUACAUCAUCUCCGCCGUCGCCAUCACCAACAGAGGGGACUGUUGUGCGUCUGAUCUGGACGGAGCCGAGAUUCGUGUAGGGUAUCAUGAUGCGGACUGGAGGAGGAAUCCCAUCUGCGGCAGAGUGUCCUCUAUUGCACUUGGGAAGACACAAUUGUUUCAAUGCGAAGGAAUGGGAGGGAAAUUUGUGACCAUCGUUAUCCCGGACAGGAACACAUCUCUUUCCCUGUGCGAGGUGCAGGUGUUUGGAGUCAAGGUGGACAAACCUGUUUCCUAUUGUUCCUGGGAUGAAGAUGUUGAACUGAGGGAGAAAAACCACGGUGCUACAAAUAUGGCCCCACAAGGAUUAGCAUCUCAGCCAUCAUACGGCGGGUACAUAUAUGGCAGAGAAGCUGCGUUGGCCAUUGAUGAAAAUCUCAAUAGCGAUUUCUAUGGUGGCAGCUGUACCCACACCAGUGAGGAAUGGGAACCUUGGUGGACGGUGGAUUUAAAAUCCAGAAUGAAUGUUUCAUCCGUCGUCCUAACCAUUCGAAGCGAUUGCUGCACGCAGAGGUUCUAUGGGGCCGAGAUCCGCAUAGGGGACUCCAAAGAUCGAGCCAAUCCCAGAUGUGCUCAGAUUCCAUCCCACCUUGAUCCCGGAGACACCUUCUACUUUGACUGUGAAGGAAUGGAAGGGCGCUAUGUGUCCAUUGUUAUCCCGAAACGCAAGGAGUGGCUACAUAUCUGUGAAGUUCAGGUGUUUGCCAAACCCACCGAGAGCCAAUCAGAGGACAGAGAAGUGAAACCAAAAGAUGAAGAUGGAAAUAAAGUAUCUAAGUCGAAAGUAGAAACGGUUUUUGCAAAAGAAAUUAUACUGUCCAAGGUAUCUCUGUCCAGUACAAAGACCAACGCUGAGGUGAAGCCACCACAAGAUCCAACCAAGUGUGCCAUAACCGAAGAGGAGUACGAGCCAUGGUGGAGAACAGAUCUUCGUAAAACCUAUACAAUUCACUCCGUGGCACUGACCAAUAGAGGUGGUUCUGAUCUCACCGGGGCCGAGAUUCGUGUCGGACACAAUGGCUCGGACUGGAAGAAUAGCAGCAUGUGA